AACAUGAUAAUGAAUGGAAGAAGAUGAGGAGGAGGAUCACUUGCAGGAAACUGCAGAUGCUACUUGGUGGUCAUGCAGGAUUUCCUAACAUAAUACACAAAGAUGGGUUGUGUAAACAAGAACCUGAGGAAGGUGCAAGUGCUGCUGCAGACCAAUCAGAUAACUGGAGGGAAAGCAAAUCAUUCAAAGGCUUGAAAAAUGAAAAACAUUUUCCUUACAGUUCACUCCUUCAGAAGCACUUGCUAGCAGGAUUAAAACAGGAAAACUGCCAGAACCAUGGAGAAAGCUUUACUCAGAGUUCAUACCUUUUGACACCUCAGGCAAUUCACUCAACUGAGAAACCGUAUGAAAUCCAGGCUUGUGGAAAAUACUUUCCUCAUAAGUCACCUUUUGUAAUGCCUGAGACAGUCCACACAGAUGGGAAACCAUAUGAAUGCCAGGAGUGUAGAAAACAGUUUCCUUACCUUACGGAGCUUGUGAACCACUGGAAAGUCCAUAUCGGGGAGAACGCAUGUAAAUGCCAGGAGUGGGAGGGAUGUUUUUCUCAGAAUCAAUCUCUUGCAAACUACCAAGAAAUGCAAACUGGAGACAAACAAAAUGAAUGCCGAGAAUGUGGGAAAUGCUUUUCUUACAGCUCAUACCUUGGAAGGCACCAGAAAGUCCAUGCAGGAGAUAAUAUCAAUUCAGAAGAUAAACCAUAUAAAUGCCAGGAGUGUGGGAAAUGCUUUGCUUCCAGUGCUUAUCUUGGGAGGCAUAUGAGAGUCCACUCAGGAGUAAAACCAUAUAAAUGCCAGGAGUGUGGGAAAUCUUUUUCUUUCAGUUCACAUCUUGUAAUCCACAAGAGAGUCCACACAGGAGAGAAACCAUACAAAUGCCAGGAAUGUGGAAAAUCUUUCGCUUCCAGUCCACAACUUGCCAACCACCAAAGGGUCCACACAGGGGAGAAACCAUAUAAAUGCCAGGAAUGUGGGAAAUGUUUUACCCAAAGUUCACACCUUAUGGGUCACCGAAGCAUUCACACAGGUGAGAAACCAUACGAAUGCCAAGAAUGUGGCAAAUGUUUUGCUCGCAGUUCAGACCUUGUGUACCACUGGAGAGUCCACACAGGAGAGAAACCAUUUAAAUGCGAGGAGUGUGGGAAAUAUUUUGCCCGAAAUGGACACCUUAAGAUCCACCAAAGAAUACACACAGGAGAGAAACCAUAUGAAUGCCUGGAAUGUGGAAAAGGUUUUGCUCGCAACUCAGAGCUUGUGAGCCAUCAGAAAGUCCAUGCAGCAUGGAAAUCCUAUUGAUGCCAGUAAUUUCUAAAAUGUUUUCCUUACACCUCUGGUCUUGUAUACUACUGGCAAAUCUACACAAGAGAGAAUCUAUUUAAAUUCCAGGUGUACGGGAAGCAUUUUCUUUGUAAGGCCAACUUUGUGGUACACCAAACAUGUUUGUACAGAAAUUAUGGAAGUCUUCAUUACAGAAAACAGAGGACUGAAUAGAACAGAGAAACUUCAUGGAAUCAAUGGAAUAUUGUGAAUUUUCUUCCUCACAACACCUCUACAUUUAUGCAGUGCUUGUGUGUCCACAGUGGAGAGAAGGCUUACUGAUGCUUUGAAUAUGGAAAACCAUUUGCUCACUUCCUGCAGCUUAAUGAAGAACCCAUGCAAGACAGUAAUACUGUAUUUGAUAAUCUUCUAGAGAAUCUACUCAGGGGAAAUACAUCCACAGUGCUCUGUAUUUGGCCUUUCUUGACCAGUUACAUUUAACAAACCACCAAUAAUCUACCCUAGAAAGAAAGCCUUUGAAAGCACAGAUUGUGAGGAAUGUAUUUUUUUUUAUCACACUGCAACUUUUGAAUCUCCAUCCAAUAUUCUACUGGAGUAAAACUGAGGAGGGGAAAGCAGUAUGGAAUGAGUCUCUCUCCUCCCAAAACCUUGAAACUGGCCAGAGAUUUCACAAAGGAAUGGAAGAAAUGUCUAAUUUGGACACAGGAAAAUGGCUGAGUAUCAUUUUAUGUCAAUAAGUGCACCCAGAUUAGGAGCCUUCUUUAUAUUGCCCCUGGAGAAAUUUUUAAAGAAAUACCUAUGUUAGUCUAUUGUAGCAUAAAUGAUUCUCCUUCCUGAGAAGAUUCCUUUUGUUAUUUGUACAGUAGCACGGACUCUUGUAGUAAUAUAUGUAGUGUGCCAUGAAACCAUUAUCUUUAUUCAUACCUCUGCUAAUGGACUGGAAUUAUGAAUAUAAUUCAAUUCAGCUCUUUUUCUUUUUAGUCUUCCCUUGUAAUUUCCUUGUUCAAGAACUUAGUGUAUGCAAAAGGCUUAUUCAGCAAUAAAUGGAAGUGAAUUGAGCUUCUUGCGUAGCUGUUAUAGUAUCAUUUGCGGCUGUUUCUCCUUCAAAAGCUUCAGUGUUUUUCAUCUCUCACACAUUUAUAGGGUCAAUCAAUAAAACUUUCAGUUAUCUGGAAAA